CGCCCGCUUACUCUCUACCCAGGAGGCUGGCGGCAAGCUGAAAAUGUCGUCCGCCUCUGGGAGACGGAGCGCGCCCAGCAUUGGAAAUUAUUUUUCGCUUGAUGACAUAUUGACUACUAAUGAGCGGAUUCCUUGCAAGAUAGAACUUCUUAUACCGAAGCUCGGAUCACUAGACUCCUCAUCGAAAGAAGAAGACCUGAAGCCGGGGACAAAACUUGAUCUACCAUACUGGCUGGCUGCACCCCUACUUAGUCGUCGCAUUGUUUCUGCUGAAGUACCAAAAGUGUACCGGGAGACAUACAGAGAGAUCCUGAGUGCUGAUGCCAUUGCUGUGGAUCUUUACAGACUUCAACCACAGUACUACAAAUUUGGGCUGCUUAUUCAAAGGCUUCAUCUGUCUGAUGUGGAAUAUGUGAACAACAGCCUUAUUGAGGCGUUCAAGAACCGAUUCCGGUACAUCAUGGACUGCUCCCAAGGCAGCCUCAAGGAGGACGCGCUGGACGUGACCGCGCGAUUGGACCUGUCCGAGCGUGAGCUGUUCUCGUUGGGUCGCGAGGCACUGGAAGAUCUUCAGCGCUGGCUGCGACGCGAGUCGCACCGCAUCGCCACGGCUACCAUGGUGACCAACCACCGCAAGCGCAAGAGGGCCGCCUUGACAGAGUCCAGCUGAGCGACGCUGGGUGCUAGUUAUGUCAUCUGAUGCCAGCGGUGGCUACACGUCGUGCAGGAACGGACGCCUUCGGUGCCAUUUCGCGGCUACAUUGAAUUGUUUCUACGCAGCUCCCGAAACGGGAGAGCAUUAAUGUGUGUGUGUAAGUGUGUGUGUGUGUGGGUGUGUGUGUGUGUGUGUGUGUGUGUGUGUGUGUGUGUGUGUGUGUGUGUGUGUGUGUGUGUGUGUAUUGCACAGCGCUAUAGCGCCACUGCAAUUGAAACUUUGGGGCUAAAAUGUCGUGGAUUACCGUUUUUACGAACUAUUGCGCCGACAUUUUCAUUGUCCAGAAAACUUUUGUAAAAAGUGACGCGACGUAAACUUGACUUUUGUAAAAGCAUCGCUAGCCAGCCGUAAUGUUCGUUUUUUGCAAAAACAAAUUGCGUUUUUAUAUAUCCACUUCUCGAGGGUCGCCGUGUAACUGAUUUUACUACGAAAAGGUUCCAGUUGCGGUGCACUGGAGUUUCUGUCGAAGCGACGUUGAUUUAUCUUUUUUUGAGGGCGUAUGCAUGUUGUCCCCUUUACAGUCGCUGACCGCCAUGGAAAAAGAAAAAAAAAAACUCAUCGAGAGCUGUGCGCCUCUACUCAGUGGAAUUAUACUGCACCCCACCCCAUCCCAUUUUUUCGCUCGCAAAUUUAUUUCGUUUUAGUUUUUCCAUUGCUAAGUCUCGUUUCCAAAAUUUAAACAGCCGCGGAAAGCUUUCUCUCCCUCUCUCUUUCUCUCACGCACUGUAAUCUGCACGCCACGGCCAUUGCGCUACAGUCUAUCUGCAGAUCCCUCAUGUUUUUUUUUUUUUUUUGCGCGAAUCAGACAUAACAGAUCUUAUACACUGUUUUGUAUCUGUCCAGCAUGCACUCCUUCAUAGGGCUCUGCUAUUGCUGCAGUUGAGCUAGCUUCAAGGUGAAGGUUGCUAAACAUCCCCUCCAAAUUUCAUUGCGCUAGCUCUAAUGGUUCUUAGUGUAACUUCGUCGAUAUUUGGGUCGGAUAUUCUCCACCGCACCCUAUAACGGCUUCGGUGUAUGAACUGUUUGCGGAAAUUAAUCGAGGCGCGCGCCCCCCUCACUCACAGGGGGCUGAAGCAAUGUAAUCGGCUAGUCUUCUCUCUCUCGAUGACUUCAGGAGUGAUCACUUCCACUGCCCGCGGAUCGGCCUAACCAUGCGGUAGCGCGGGCGUGACGAAACUCGUGUGCGAACGCGCGGCUUUACGCGUCGCGCGGUUGUCGAGGGCAACGCAGAACAUGUAAUGAAAACAUCGUGACAUACAGCGAACCCCCGUACUUCUAUAGUGAGACAUUGCGCUGAUCAUAUUGCGUCACGCGAAUGUAAAAGUGGUGCCCGAAGUAAGCAAUCGAUAAUGCGUCGCUUUUGUUUCGCGAACUGCGGCUGCGCCGAAUGUUAUGAUUGCCAUGAUGUUUUUUAGCUCAAAAACUAAAAAAAAAGGGAACAGAAAGGUGAAAAUGGAAAAGAAAGAUAAGCGCUUCCAUUCCUUUUGCCUCUCUGCUUCCUUUCCUUUUUCGAGUGUUUGCCCUAAAAACAUCAUGUUAGGUAAACACCAACUCGCUCAAGAAGAAGUCAUCCUUAUGAUUGCCAAUUUCAAAAGACCAAGAUGUCCUCCUAGGCGCAUCGGGAAGGAAGGAAAGUUGCCUUUCUGUGCUGUUGUGAGCGAGUGAACCAACAUCAUAUUCCACCGCGACUUCUAGGACGCGCACUACCGGUUAAAAUGGCUGAGACAGGAAACGCAUUUGACUGCAUAGGUAAUGAGCACCGGUGACAGUGCCGCCUGUGGAACUGUAUUUUGUCAUGCGCAGUUAAAGCACAAGUGUCUUGUGGCUGUGAGGGAUCUAAUGGUGUUUCUGACGCUGGCUAAGCAACGGCUUGACGUUGCGUUUUGCUAAGCGGGCCAAUGAAAAUUAUCACGCAGUUGCGUGCGCGUGCAGUGCUGACAUGUCGGUACUGCGCACUGAACUUGUGCGACGCGUCCAGCAAUUGGUUGUCCCCAUGGCUCUGUUUAGAUGUAUAUAGUCUUGCAGCAAUGUUCUAGUGUCAUUACAAUACCUAAUGUGCUUGGUCGCCGCUUAAGGAACAGGCCGGAGCAUUUUAUGCAGGAAAGAUAACACCCCCCAGUACAUUAUCUUUAGCGCCGUGGCUCCUGUUUCACUGCACAGAUUGCUGAUUUUGCGCCCAGCCCACGAGGAACUAGGGGGUCGCGCCAGCAACCAGGUAUCACCGAUGCGGACACUAGGUCUCAGCUGUGUGCCGUACACAAAUCGCAUGUACUGAUCAGGCGAGCACCGCACGCUCGAUUCGACGAUAUGCGGUGUGGUCUGUUCGUUGGGCACUUUACCGCUUCGAACGCUUCCUACUUCUUUCCUCGUCGUAGGGGUGACGCUCGCCGAGAGCUAUGCCGUCGCGCCCAUUAUUGCGGCCGCAUUUCCUGCAAGUUCACUUAUGCUUAUAAAUGGUCCGGAACAGAUUGCGCGUUAUGGUCUGCUAGCACAGCGUUUUGUCACAGCACUCGCUUAUAUAUGUCGUCUGUAAACCUAAUUGAAUGGAUGGCAUAAUUCUUGUUUCGUAUUGGGGUGCAUAGGCAAUUGAAAGAAAGAAAAUCGCCGUGUGACCCGUAUUGUGCUGCGUUCUUAAGGCUCCAAUUCUUCAAGCCAGUGACUGUGCCAGGAAAAACUGGCGUUAAACGCUGCUCAACCAAACCUGUUCUUCUUUGGUACUGAAGUGCGUCACGAAUUCCGCGAAGCUGUUGCAGAUGUCCCUAGCCAAAGUUAGCGGGGCGUCAACGGAAGUGUUUCGUGUACGAUCUUGAUAUCGGAGAUGGCUGAACCUGCGUGCUGCUUGGGGACUGUCGGCCGCUGGUUCACUCAAGCUGUACUGCUCGCGACGAGGAGUAGUCCAUCAACGAUUCACGUCGUUUGCAUGUUCGCCUAUUUCAACGCGCGCACGUGAGAGAGAUGUGGCUGUUCGCUUGCUGCGCUCGUUUGGGCCACCCUUCUGCGCACCGCCCUGAAAGACUCCGGCGUCAUGCAGGAAAAGCCGCUUGCUGCUACGCGCAGUGCGUACGUCCUUCCGGGAAGCGCGCACCUUGUGGGAAUGACUUCAGUGGGAGGGAAGCACAGUUUGUGCUCCUAUCUCAAUAAAGUGGAAAUUACCGCUUACACCAUAGCGAUGUCGUGCGCAGAUUUCGAGUAACAUCGAGACUUCCGAAAGUGUUAAAAGCAUAAAUGACCACAUCGAAGCGACUUGCAUUGUACGUCGUAAAAACUCAAUUUGGCCUGGCUGAAUCAAUCUCGAGUGCAAGAUAGAUAUACUAUAGGGUGCCUUGGCACAGGAUGCCCACAUGUGCGGUAGGUGAGGCCUAAAAUUAUAAGGCACACGAUACGACGUAAUACACUGAUCAUAGCCGCCUGUACACAGUGUAUGUCGUAAUUUCGUUGUGCCGAAGAAGCCGCAGGCAUCUAAAUUGAUGUGGUUUCAUGGUCCAGGCUACACACUGUUCUAUGAAGACCGCCGUUCGGAAGAUCUCUGUGUUUAUUACCGCGUACGCCGGAUCUUUAACGUGUCUGAAUAUGAGUGUGCGAGUUUUUUACGGCGAAGAGCCGUCUUGGGUGCUGUAACCGGAGAGAGCCGUCCGUAGCGACAUGCUAAACAUGGCGCCGUUGAUUCGUUGGUGCGCGCCACUACCGUAGCAAUCACGUGAAGAUGACAUCGUGCCGGAGAGAAUAAUAAAUAUCGCCAUAACUCAGUGACUAAUUUUCUUAACUAAGUUACCGAGAACAACUAUUUGAGCACCCCUACACAUGGAUUCGCUUUGAUAAUCGCACGUGAUCAUGAAAAUAUCUUCGUAGCGACCAUGGUUAAGCUACGAAGUUAAGCUACAGUGGUUAGAAUUUAGGUCAGUGUUUUCGUUCAUGAACUUCGCAGAACACCGGUGUAGCGAAGGAAUAACGCGUUGCCGGUAUCGCCGGUGGUUUGUUUCUUUCGGAAAGGUCCUUUAUUCGGCUUUCAUUGUGCUCUUGCUAUGUGCCUCUGUAAGACUGCUCCCUUUCACGGUGAGCCCAACGGAAAACCUCAAUGGUUUCUUUACGCCGACUGCAAGUAUAUAUCCGUGUUUGCAAGGCACAUGUCGCAUAGCGAUGAGAACGCUUGGCUUGAAACUGCAAGGUCAUUAGUUGGAUCCCGUGUCGGGUAUCUUAUUUUUCCGUCACGUCGGACCGUCCCUUAAAGCCCAAAGUGCGACAGGCCAGCAAACAAACAUUGGGGAUCGAAUCUCGUGCCACGACGCCAAUGUGACGCGCUAACCACUGUGCUAUUGCGUAACUUGCAUACUUGGCAAUUCGUGCGUGCACCGGCAGGCAUGGUCACCCGCGCUUUCUGAAACUUCUGAAAUCGUAGUUGCUGGUUCGUGAUGCAGCAGAUGACAGAGAACAAAUAUGUGUGAAAGAGAAAGAGGGUCGAGGGGGGGGGGGCAAUGUGAACAGCAGUGUGUGGCAAAAAAAGGUGGUUGCCAAUCUAAUGGCCCAGCAUGUCACAGAAACCACGAGCAGUCUUUCGGCUAAGGCGGCACUUCGCAGUUGUAAAUGUCGCUCUUCGCUCAGUGAGAUAGUCUUCGAAAACAUCUUCGAAAAAUGUUUGGGGUUCCGCUACAUCGGAGUCGAACCCGCGACCUGGCGCUUAGCCACAGAACGACCGCGUUUGGUAGCAGUCAGUUGCAUGUUUUUUCGUCGUUACUUUUAAGCAUUCUGACCACAAAAGUCUCGUACGGAUUACUGCUUUUAUGGAAGUUCUUUGCGUCGCACCAUUACCUGCGCAGACCCGGAAAACCUGGCGCUAUACAUCGUGUAAAACCGAGCCGUAAUUUUCUCGCGCAGCCUCGUUUUAACUUACUGUAAUUAGUCCUGUGAAUGUCUGGAAGGUAAAAUAGGCAGAAACUUUCGGAGGUUGAUUGUAAAAGUCAAGUGAUCGCUUCCCGGCAGGCCUGCUGAGAUAGGCUGCUGGGACCACUCGCUGGUUGUAUGCCUGUUUGUUAAUGCUAUGAUGCAUGUUGGUGCUGUGAUGUUGCACUGCCUUCAGGACUGACCCGCUUCACAAAACACAUCGAAAUCCUUGCGGCGACACGUAUCGUGCACUGCUCUUACAAUCGGUUUACCAAAUCGCCACCUUUAAUUACUGCCUCCAGUAGUGGCCCGGUUUGCUCGGCCAGACAACCGUCCGCGCAAAGAAAGCUUCGCUUUAAAACUUACGGUCUUUCGCGUGCUGUGUGCGCUGCGUCCUAUGUGAUUUACGCUGUGUAGGCAUUCCACUACGAUCAGCUAUGAUUUAGGCACCAUGUUGGUGCCUUGUGGCUUUGAUUACGUUUUUAUCACACUCAGUGCCAAAUUGCUUCCUGCGGACCGAAGUAACGAUGUCAAGAAACGCAUGCUAAGCAGCGUAAAGACUAAGUUCCAUUCCUGUCCGGUACUUCAGUGCGAAAUAGUCGGCUGUUUAAAAACGAUUCCUUUUUAAUAUUUCUUUUAUAAUGAAAUGCCUAGUUGCCAACCCGUGGACGGCAAUUUUUUUGUCGUUGCUCCACUGGCAGCGAUCGAGUGCAAGAAACCUGGGUGUUACCGGUACAUUAACAAUAAAAUGGCGUAUUCAUCUUUAGGCGUGUUAGAUUGCUGAGUUCCAGUUUCCUGUUCGUGUGUUUCGUUUUGUCUAUGGGAUUUUGUGCUUUAGCGUUUCUGUCGGAGAGGCGUAAUGAUGAUGAUGGCCUUAGUCAUUAUCAUCAUCAUCGUGAAGGUCGGUAGCACCACUUCUGUUCUUUCUGGCUGUAGCGUGCGCCAUUAUUAAUUGGAGCGAAAUGUUCACCUGGAUUACAAUUCGUGGUUAAGGCGCUUUCCUUUUAAACGGCCGAACCGUUUCUUUGUGUUUGUGAUUUUGCAAGCACUUUGGAUCGAGCCCGGUGCAGGUAGUGCAACGUCGGCGACGCCUAGCCAGCGACACGCAAUCCUGCUGCGCCAACUUUGUCUUUCUGCUUGCCGGUGUGUCUGUGAACGUGCUCUGCUCUCCAAUUCACUGGAACGACUUUGUUGACGCACAAGUAUGCAUCCUGACGUCAGUGCGUGAAGGAAAGAUUACAAAAGAUGAAACCUAGGAACAGGAGUGAUGUGAGGCCUCUUUAGGUGAUGUCUGCCAGAGUACAAGUGGCUACAUUCUUGCUGUCUUCCCACGAGGCGUGCAGCUGACGUGCGGUGCAGUACAGGACCGUGUGGCAUGCCCUUGCUGAUGAAUUUGCAUGAAUUUUGCGUGUGAAACCUGAGUGGGUCGAGGGGUCAAAUCGUGUUUCAAUCUCGGGAAAUAAUAGUUCGACGGUGUAAUCGUAUUCGUCAAAGCGGCACGCAAAAUGUGUCGCAGUAACCCGAGUGCUUUCAGCCAGGAAAUAAUCCUCCUAAUGGUGUCGACUUUAUUCGCAAAUUUUGCAGCGAGUAUUCCGAGUACUAGUUGCCCUCGACGUCCAUGGAGCAGCAAGCCAGGCUGUACAUUGACCGACCGUUGUCUCUUUUGCACGGGUUGAGUUUAGAUGUAUUUUUUUAUCCGUACAAACAAUUUCUACGCAAACACUUCGUUAGCUACAGUGGAGCAUUGACGUCUAAUGAAAUAACAUUAUCAUUAUAUUCCUCCGCCUCUGUAUCUCAGAUGUGCUUCUGGCUACGCCAUUGACCCAGCAUUCCGUCCUGCACAGUCAACACGCACACCAGCGCGCCAACCUAGCGUAUCACGUCGUCACAGGAAAAAUUAAGUCUGACGACAGCAAUGUUAGCGCGUGUUCGGACUUUGUGAGUCUGUAGCUUGCGCAGAGUGAUAACAGUGACCGUGAAUUAAGUUAAUUUGCUUGUUUACUUGUCGCCAGAUGUAGACUGUCUGGUCUCGAGACUUCUACAGUUUAUAUAUUUUAGAGCAGGAUAAAAUGCACCAUACAGCGACUAAUUCCAUCCAUCGAGCAACGUUCACGGUUCUUGUAGCCAACGCGCGACUGUCGACGUCCAGCCGCCUUUCCUGCUGUGUACAUGAUUAAAUUCAUUCAUUCAAACUAAUUAUUCAUGGUAUAUGGUGUCGUUAUUUGAGAAAUGUUAUGGUGUCUUAUGCAUGUAAUAAAGUCGACAGUAUUGAUUAA